UAUUGAAAAAAGCGGUGGUCAACAUCAAAGAUACGGGCAAUGCAUGUUUCGCGUGGGCAGUGGUAGCCGCUCUGCAUCCUGCUGAAAGUAAUGUGAGUCUGAAAUCCUCUUAUCCGUAUUAUAAGGAAGUAUUAAAUUUUAAAGACAUUGAGUUCCCAGUAACGUUGAGUCAAAUUAAAAAGUUUGAAAAUCUCAACCCAAUCUCGAUUAAUGUCUAUGCCAUCGAGACGAAGGACGAUCAACACACAAUCCUUCCAAUACGAUUGACGAAUCAAAAGACGGAUAAACAUGUUAAUUUACUAUACGUGGAGGAUGAAAACAGCAACAAUGGACAUUUCACAUGGAUUAAGGAUCUGUCCCGUCUCGUGAGCAACUGAACAAAAAAAAGAAUAAGAAGUUUAUUUGUAAUAGAUGUUUGCAUUAUUUCGCCUCGAGCGAAAAACUGGAGGCUCACGUAGUAGAUUGCAGCAAGAUGAACAACUGCAAGAUCAGGUUACCAAACAAUGACAACAAGUGGCUCUGUUUCAACAACAACAACAGGAAGGAGCGAAUGCCGUUCGUCGUGUACGCCGACCUUGAGUGCGUCCUGGAGAAGACAAACAACGAGGAAGCAACGAGCUACAAGUAUCAGCAUCACCGGGUAUUUAGUAUAGGUUAUUACAUUCAUUGUUCGUACGACAACUCGUUGUCCAAGUAUCGAUUUCGGCGUGAUAAGGAUUGCAUAGCGUGGUUCGUCGAAGAACUUAAAAAUUUAGCGCACAAAUUAAAAUCCGCUCUGUCCGGUAACGUUCCGAUGGCGGAAUUGACGCGUGACGAAUGCGAUAAAUUUAAUAACGCCGCGAAUUGUCACAUAUGCGAGAAACCGUUUGCGCCUGACGACACGCGGGUACGCGAUCACUGUCAUCUAACUGGUCGAUUCAGAGGUCCCGCGCAUUCCAAUUGUAAUUUAAACUACAAAGAUCCGCAUUACAUUCCCGUAGUUUUCCACAAUUUAUCGGGCUAUGACGCGCAUAUUAUUAUCAAAGAAAUAGCUACCGCAUACGAUGGAUACAUACAUUUACUUCCGGUAACAAAAGAGAAAUACAUUUCAUUCACCAAGCAUGUUAAAAGUACUGUAGAAAAAAAAAAUAAUCGUGAAAUUUGCAUACAAUUACGAUUCAUUGACUCAUACAAAUUUCUCAGUUCGAGUCUCGAAAAAUUGGCAUCUUAUUUAGCGAAAGAUAAACUACGGAUAAUGCAACGUGAAUUUUGUUAUUUAUCGGCUGAGCAUUUCGAUCUACUGACGCGAAAAGGUGUGUUUCCGUACGAGUACAUUGACUGCUUCGAAAAGUUGGAGUAUACACAUUUACCGCCGCGCGAAUCGUUUUACAGUUCGUUGACGGGCGAUACCGUGUCCGAGAGCGAUUACGAGCACGCGGUCAACGUAUGACAGCGGUUUUCAGUCCGAACGCUCGGCGAGUACAGCGAUCUGUACCUGAAAACGGACGUCUUAUUGCUGGCAGAUAUUUUUGAAAAUUUUCGCGACAGCUGCAUCGCGAGUUACGGACUCGAUCCCGCGCAUUAUUUCACGUUACCGGGUUUCACGUGGGACGCCAUGCUGAAACAUACUGGUAUUAAAUUCGAACUGCUCACGGAUAUCGAUAUGGUCAUGUUCAUCGAACGCGGUAUACGUGGUGGCCUCAGUCAAUGUUCCGGCAGAUACGCGCGGUCCAACAACAAAUAUAUGUCUUCGUACGACCCAUCGAAACCAUCGUCAUACUUGAUGUAUUUCGAUGUAAACAAUCUGUACGGCUGGGCAAUGUGUCAGCCAUUGCCCUAUGCAGAUUUUCGAUGGGUCAGCGACAUAACAAAUUUUGAUGUUAAGGAUAUCGCGUUGGAUUCCCCGACAGGUUAUAUUCUCGAGGUUGAUCUAGAGUAUCCGCAACAUCUUCACAACAAACACGCUGACUUGCCAUUUUGUCCGACGCGCGAUAAACCACCCGGUAAGAGGGAAGAAAAGCUCCUCGCGACUUUGUAUGAUAAGAAGCGAUACGUCAUUCAUUAUCGCAAUUUGCAGCAAUGUACUCGUUACGGCCUUUGUAUUACAAAGAUUCAUCGCGUAUUGCAAUUCGCGCAAUCUCCAUGGCUUCGUAAAUAUAUUGAACUAAAUACGAAAUUUAGAACACAAGCCAACAACGAGUUUGAAAAUAAUUUAUACAAAUUAAUGAAUAACGCGGUAUUUGGUAAAACCAUAGAGAAUGUGCGCAAUUACGUCGAUGUGCGACUAAUAACAAAAUGGGAAGAUAGAUUCAACGCAGAGGCAAUGAUCGCGAAACCAAAUUUCCACAGUCGUAGCGUCUUUUCCGAGAAUCUGGUCGCGAUAGAAAUGCAUAAACUCGAGGUGAAGUUUAACAAGCCGAUUUACGUGGGUAUGUCUAUCCUCGACAUAUCCAAGACAUGUUUGUAUGAAUUUCACCACGAAUAUAUGAGACCUUCAUUUCGCGAAAAAUGUAAAAUAAUGUACAUCGACACAGAUAGUCUCAUAUAUCAUCUCGAAUGCGGCGAUAUAUAUGAAAUUAUGAAGCGUGACAUAGAUAAAUUCGACACGAGUGAUUACGCGGUCGAUAAUGCGUAUGGUAUGCCGCU